CUCGUCUGCUAACUCUUUUUCACAUUCUUUCUUCCUCCGCAACUCCAACAAAGCCAAGGUAACUCUUUCGUUUCGAUUCCAAGCUUUCACCUUCGAGUUUCACAGUUCAAUCCUAAUCUCAAAUGUUGAUAAUAAGUUUAAGAGGCUUGAAAAGCCUAUUCUGAAGCUCUAAAUCGGCUCACUUCGUGCUUAAAAAUAUGGCCCGUAUUGGAAAUAGGAAGAAGAGGAUUGGGUUUUCGAAGGCACCGAUUAUAAGGAAUCCGGUUGUUGAUCAUGUAACGGGUGACAAAAUCCCGAAAAGUUUUGUGUUUUCUAGAGGGAAACUUUCUGGUUCAUUGAAGCAAUUGUUAAAGGAUUUGAGAGAGUUGAUGCUUCCUUAUACCGCCCUUAAGCUAAAGGAAAAGAAACGGAAUAAUCUAAAAGAUUUUCUGAAUGUAGCGGGAAGUUUGGGUGUAACUCAUUUCCUGAUGUUAUCUAAAACUAGUAGUUCGCCCUACCUUCGAGUCGCAAGGACACCUCAGGGCCCAACUCUUACAUUCAAAAUAGAGGAGUACUCAUUGGCACUUGAUGUUGCAAAAUCCCAAAUACGUCCUAGACGCCCUCCAGAAAUUUUCAAGUCCCCUCCUUUGAUUGUACUUUCUGGUUUUGGAACCGGAGAAGAACAUCUAAAGCUCACAACUAUUAUGUUUCAGAAUAUAUUUCCAGCUAUUGAUAUCAACACUGUGAAGCUAUCAUCAUGUCAAAGAAUAGUUCUACUUAAUUUUGACAAGGAAACAAAGCUUAUUGAUUUCCGACAUUAUUCCAUUAGAUUACAGCCUGUUGGUGUCUCACGUAAACUUAGAAAAUUUGUCCUAAACCAUCAAGCGCCAGAUUUGAGUAAUCUUCGGGAUGUGAGCGACUUUGUUACCAAGGCUGGUUAUGGAUCAGAAAGUGAACCAGAUGAUGAAGCAUCUACUGUAACUCUUUCCAGUGACCUCGGUAGAGUAAAUAAAGCUUCUACCAAAAGUGCUGUCACGCUUCAAGAGAUUGGACCAAGGAUGAAACUUAGACUUAUAAAAAUCGAGGCAGGACUAUGUGCUGGUGGAAUCAUAUUCAGCGAAUAUGAAAAUGAAAAGAAAGCGCAAAAUCAGGACAAUGAAGGUGAGGACGACGAGGAAGGUGACGAUGAUGAGGAAGGCGAGGAAGAUGAGGAAGAUUCUUGAGGGACAUGACAUCCUGAAAUACGAAGGGUCUAAGCUUGUAUCAUGCAGGACGUUUUGACUUUAUGUACCCAGAGACCAGUAACCCCUGUUAGUCACAAUGUCCCUCGUCAGUUUUCAUUGUCUCUUCAUUCUUUGUAGGCAGAUUCUCAAGCAGCUUUUUGGUAUGUUGCUGCUAAAUUUUUUUUACAAAAGUUUUGAUAUCUUAAUAGUGUUAGUGAAAAACAGAUACUGCUGUAUGUGUGACUGUGAUUUCUAAGAGUUCAUAUAAGACAAGACUUGUUUUUGUGCUCUCAAAACAUGUUGUUACGAGCUACAUAUUUGCAAUGGUUUUCAUUUCUGUUCUGUA